AUCAAUUUAUAUGUUACAGUAAAUACUUAAAACUGUAUUCUUUUCACUUCCCAUGAUGCAGGAGCCUUUCAAAAAAGUGGUAAUUUAAACAUCAUUACAAUGUCUGCUGCCAGAUGCCUGGGCCGCCGCUCUCAGCGUCUUAGCUCAUUAUGAGGUCACAGUGGUGGGUGUAGGUUACCAUGACAAGGGAACGCAGGUCCCUGUCCUGCGGAGUCUUUUAAGCGCAGGGAGAUAAGGGAUGCCAGGGAUAAAGUGGGAUUAGAGUAGAGGUAUAAAGCACCGGAAGCACCUGACAGAGACAGAAUAGUGUAGGCACCCAGUUGUGUGGUGUAUAGGCUGCGGGUGGUGAUGGCUGCGUCAGGAUCUGCGUCUGCCUUUCUCAGCACCGUGCUGUGUCUGCUCCUCCGUCUGGCCUUGCCCAUGUGUGCUCCCACCGAGUACACGCUGUACGUGGAGAAGCACGAGUGUGACUUCUGCGUGGCCAUCAACACCACCAUCUGCAUGGGUUUCUGUUUCUCCAGGGACAGCAACGUGAAAGAGCUGGCUGGGCCUCGUUUCCUGCAUCAGAGGGGUUGCACCUACCAGGAAGUGGAGUACCACACGGCGGUGCUGCCCGGCUGUGCCAGCCACGCCGACUCCCUCUUCACCUACCCCAUGGCCCGGAGCUGCCACUGCGGCACCUGCAGCACCUACAGUGACGUCUGCGCCCACAAGACUCGCAGCGUGGGCAGUGGCCAGUGCUCCAAACCCCUCUGGCAUCUCUACCCCUACCCUGACCAGAGCAACUACAUCCAGUACAACUGAGGGAAGAGAGUGAGGGAGUGAGAGA